AUGGCUUCUGAGGUGAAGACAGUCCCUAUUCCCCGUCGGGGAGUCAAUUAUCGGGGAAAGAUUGUCCUGGCGCCCAUGGUGCGCUCAGGCGAACUACCAUCGAGGCUGCUGGCUCUUCACUAUGGAGCGGAUCUCGUUUGGGGUCCGGAAACCAUCGACCGUGCCAUGAUUGGAACAACUCGCCGGUUCAACCAGGAGAGCAGGACGAUCGAAUGGACUCGAAUGUCGUCCCAGGGCCACAAGGAGCCACCACCAGAUGCCAAAGAGAGCAUAAUAUACAGGGUUUUCCCGGAAAAGGAAGCGAACAAGCUCAUCUUCCAAAUUGGCACUGCCGACCCCGAUCGCGCCGUCGAAGCGGCCCGCCUCGUCGCCGCCGACGUCGCAGGCAUCGAUGUCAACGCAGGGUGCCCCAAGCCCUUCAGCACCAGCGGCGGCAUGGGCGCAGCCCUUUUGCGGACGCCAGAUAGACUAGUUGCCAUCCUCGAGGCCUUGGUCAAAAAUAUCACCCCCCAAUUCGGCAUCGGCAUCAGCGUCAAGAUCCGUAUCUUGGAGACACCCGCCGAGACGGAGGCCCUCGUCAGACGACUCGUCGCCACCGGCAUCACUGGCCUAACAGUCCACUGCCGCACUACCCCGAUGAGGCCCAGGGAGCGCGCUAUUCGCGACCAGCUACGUAUGGUCGCAGACAUAUGUCACGAAGCGGGCAUCGCAUGCGUCAUGAACGGCGAUGUUGAAAAUCGCGAUCAGGGAUUGAAGCUGGCAGAGGAGUAUGGCGCCGAUGGGGCCAUGAUUGCUGUUGCCGCCGAAAAGAAUCCCAGCUGCUUCCAAAGCGACGCCGAUGGUGGCCUGCUGGCUUGGGAGCCCGUUGUGGAGCAGUACAUCAAGUAUGCCAUGGAUGUCAGCAAUCGAUUCAGCAAUACUAAAUAUCUCCUGGCGCAAAUGAUUCCCGGAAAGGCAAAGCCCUACAAGACUGUCCAGCAGUCCAGGUCCUACACAGAAGUUUGCAACGCUUUAGGCCUUGAGCAUCUCCUUGAGAAGGCGCAGGAUUGCGAUGUGCAGCGGGGACAGAACAAGCCAAAAGAAAAGGGGACGAAAAAUGCCAGGAAAAAUGCCAGUGCGUUGGCUGCGGGUGGGCAAAUGGCUGAGGCGAGGUCGCAGAGCCAGCAUCGCCGAACAUUAUCUGAGCGGAAUGUCGGUUCCAAGGCUGCGCCCGAGCCGGCGCCCGUCGCAACCGCAGUUUGA